AUGUUCAUUGGUGGUCUCAACUGGGAAACUACCGACCAAUCUCUAAGAGACUACUUCGCCCAAUUCGGCGAGGUCGUUGAAUGCACCGUCAUGAGAGAUAGCAGCACAGGACGAUCACGAGGAUUCGGUUUUCUCACAUUUAAGGAUGCCAAGACAGUCAACAUCGUGAUGGUCAAGGAGCAUUUCCUGGAUGGCAAGAUUAUUGAUCCCAAACGGGCCAUUCCCCGAGACGAGCAAGAAAAGACAAGCAAGAUUUUCGUUGGUGGUGUCAGCCAAGAGACAACCGACCAGGAGUUUAAGGAAUACUUUGCCCAGUUCGGUCGCGUCGUGGACGCGACCCUCAUGAUGGACAAAGAUACCGGCCGGCCACGAGGGUUCGGCUUUGUCACGUUUGAGAACGAAGCUGGUGUCGAUGCCUGCAUCAACGUCCCACUAGAGAUCCACGGAAAGCCUAUCGAGGUCAAGAAGGCUCAGCCUAGAGGCAAUCUUCGAGAAGAAGAGGAGGCCUCGCGACGUGGCAAGUUCAGAAAAGACGGCGACCAGUCUAACCAAGGCUCUAUGGGCCAGCAGAUGGGCAACAACAACGGCAUGACACCUCAGGUCAUGGCCCAAUACUUUCAACGUAUGCAGCAAUACUUCACCAUGAUGCAGUCCCAGAUGGCCAUGAGCCGAGGAAUGCCCAUGAACCCAGCCAUGUGGCAGAACAUGAUGCAGAUGCAGCAGAUGCAGCAGCAGAUGAUGGGUGGCCGCGGAGGUGGCGCCAAUGCCCAAAACAUGAUGCAGAACAUGAACCCUCAGAUGGCGCAACAGAUGCAACAGCAAAUGCAACAGAUGAUGCAGCAACAGGGUCAGCAAGGCGGCCAAGACGCUGGCUCAGGCAGUGCCAGUCCCACUGCAUCAACCAACGGUGGUGCCGGCCGAGGAUAUGACAACAACAAUAAUUUCAACCAGUACCAACAGCAACAACCCCAGGGCGGCCGUCGUGGAGGACGCGGCGGCUACGGUGGCCAUGGAGGAGGACAUGGAGGUUACAACAUGGGCGGAGGUGGCGGAGCUCCAACUUCAUGGGAAGGCAUGUAUGAUGAUGUCCCACAACCAAACCCCAACCAAGGCCCUGGCAGCUUCAAUCGUGCUGGUAGUGUUGGCGGAAGCUCUGACCCUCAACAUGCACCACCCGCCAACGCACCCACUGGUCCCAAGAACGCUGGUAAACCAGGAGCCAACUACCGUGGUGGCGGACGAGGUGGAAACCGCGGAUUCCACCCCUACUCACGAUAG